UGAGAAGAGGUAGUUGUUGCUUCCGUCUUUUGAGUAAACAUUGUCAGCCUUCGUGUGUCCGCGCUGUGCGCUACCCCAACAUGAAAGUUGAGAAGAAGAAAGUAACAAAGCCUAUCCGACUUUAUGCUAAGGCAGUUUUUACUGGAUACAAGCGUGGUCAAAGGGCGCAACAUGAGAAAACAGCACUUUUGAAGGUGGAUGGCGCCAAAAACAAGGACGAUGGCAGAUACUAUAUUGGAAAACGUUGUGCCUAUGUUUACAAGUGCAAAAAGAAGACCCCUUGCUCAUACGGUGGCAAAUCAAAGCUUCGUGUUAUCUGGGGCAAGGUUACGCGCAUUCAUGGGAACUCGGGUGUUGUGCGUGCCAAGUUUGCCCGUUCCCUACCACCACGUGCUAUGGGAAGGAGAGUCAGGGUUAUGAUGUACCCCUCCAGAAUUUAAUGAAAUAAAAAGAAAGGAAA